AUGGAUGACUGUCGAAUCGAUACAUUGAUGGAUGUGGUUGCAAAUGGCCGCAAGAGUGCCAACGGAUUUAAAAAGGAGACCUAUAAAACGGUCAUGGAUGUUGUCAGGAGUGCACUAGGGAUAUCAGUUCAGGAGAAGCAUGUUAGUAAUUGCCUUCGGACACUAAAGAUGUUGUAUUUUGAUGUUCGGGACGCCCUGAGUAGUGGGUUUGAAUGGGAUGAUGACAAAAAUCUAGUAACCGCACCAGAUGACGUCUGGGAGGAUAACAUAUGGUCACAUCCAUAUAUGCAACAUGUUCAGGGGAAACCGGUGCGAAGGUAUGAUGACCUCACGUACUUAUUUGGAAAUGACCGAGCUACUGGAUUGCAUGCUUCGAUAGGAAAUAUGCAUAGUAUGAUGCGUUUGAGAAAGUCUCGCGAUGACGAUGUUACACUGAUAACGUCGGUUGAUCUUAAUGACGAUACACUUGUUUUAUCAAGUGACGAUGUGGGAGAUAGUGGACAUGACAUCCAGUGGUCAUUUCAAACUCAUGACGGUACUCAUGUUACAAACCAUAGUCUGAAUCUCAAUGGCAACAACUUGUGA